AUGCUGCCGGGCUGGCUGUGUCGUGGCUGCCGCAGCAGAGCCCGUUGGCACUACGUACCGGCGCGGGUUUUGAGCUGGUCACCGCGGCAGAUAAGCAGGUGGAACAAACAGGAAUCCACCGACCCCCCUCCGCCGGAGAACCCCCGAGUCCUCAUCACAGGUGGCCUUGGACAGUUGGGUGUUGGGCUAGCGCAGCUUCUAAGGAAACAGUAUGGGACAGACAACGUGAUCUUGUCAGACAUCAAGAAGCCUCCAGUGGAAGUGUUUAACAGCGGUCCAUUUGUCUAUGCCGAUGUCCUGGAUUAUAAGAACCUGAGGGAGCUGAUUGUGAAUAACCGUAUCACCUGGCUGGUUCACUAUAGCGCCUUACUGAGUGCUGUGGGGGAGGCCAACGUGGCUCUGGCCCGCAAGAUCAACAUUACAGGCCUCCACAAUGUUCUGGACUUGGCACUAGAAAACUGCCUUCGCCUUUUUGUCCCAAGUACCAUUGGAGCCUUCGGACCCUCAUCCCCACGUGACCCUGCACCAGACCUGUGUGUCCAGAGGCCGCGCACCAUCUACGGUGUGUCCAAAGUACACGGGGAGCUGAUGGGGGAGUACCUCCACCACAAGUAUGGCCUGGACUUCCGUUGCCUGCGCUACCCUGGCGUUAUUUCUGCAGACACAAAGCCCGGUGGCGGAACGACAGACUAUGCGGUUCAGAUCUUCCACGACGCCCUCAGCACUGGACACUUUGACUGCUACCUGCGGGCGGACACCCGCCUUCCCAUGAUGCACAUCCGCGACUGCCACCGUGCCACAGUGGAGUUCAUGCAGGCUCAGGACCGCCAGCUCUCGCUGCGUACCUACAACAUCGCCGCCAUGAGCUUCACCCCCGAGGAGGUGGCAGACGAGAUCCGCAAGCACCUGCCAGGCCUGAGUGUCACCUACAACCCCGAUUUCGUCCGCCAGACCAUCGCGGACAGCUGGCCCAUGCGGUUCGACGACACCAACGCUCAGCGAGACUGGGGAUGGAAGCCGGCCUAUGGCCUGUCAGAGCUGGUGGUUGACAUGCUGGAGUCCAUCCGGGAGCAGAGGACCAAGGCUGGGCUGCCAGUCAGCUAG